AUGGCCGCCGCUGUUGUCGCCAAUGGCCAUACCACCCCCUCUGCCGAUGUCGCCAAACAGCGCAGGCUAAUUCACCACCAUGCUGAUGUCGUGAUUGUGGGCGCCGGAAUACUGGGAUGUGCAUUGGCUGUGGCACUUGGAAGACAAGGGCGUAGCGUCCUGCUGCUGGAGGCGUCCAUGAAGGAGCCUGACCGGAUCGUCGGAGAAUUGCUACAGCCUGGCGGUGUUGAGGCGCUUGAGAAAUUGGGUCUUGCCGAUUGUCUGGAAGACAUUGACGCCAUCCCAGCCGAGGGCUACUAUGUGUCGUACUUUGGGAAACCCGUCUCGUUCACCUACCCCAAGCCCUCCCCGUCGUCGCCCGCCCCGCAAGGGCGUUCUUUCCACCAUGGCCGCUUCGUCAUGAAGCUGCGAGCUGCCGCGCUGGCCUGUCCCAAUGUCACGGUCGUAGAGACCAAGGCCACCGACUUGGUCACUUGCUCCCACACCAAGCAGGUUCUUGGUGUCGAGUGUGUGACCGGCGACACGAAGGAUUGCUACUUCGGCCAUCUUACGGUGGUGGCCGAUGGCUACGCCUCUAAAUUCCGCAAACAAUACCACUCCAACACCCCUAAGGUCCGGUCCAGGUUCUGGGGCUUGGAGUUGAUCGAUGCAGACCUUCCCAAGCCUUACCAUGGCCACGUCCUCCUCAGCGAUAAUGCCCCUAUCCUCGUCUAUCAGAUUGGCACCCACGAAACCCGCAUCCUCGUCGACAUCCCAGAAAACCUCCCAUCGGCCUCCGUCAAGAACGGCGGUGUCAAGAACCACCUUCGCAGCGUCGUUCUCCCGUCCCUUCCUAAAUCUAUUCAGCCUUCAUUCAUUGCUGCGUUAGACAAGGGUCAGCUGCGCUCUAUGCCGAACUCGUAUCUCCCUAGUGCGCCGAACAAGACUCCUGGUCUGGUCAUUCUAGGAGACGCGCUCAACAUGCGGCAUCCACUGACCGGUGGAGGAAUGACCGUCGCAUUCAACGACGUUGUGGUCCUACGUGACCUGCUCAGCCCGGAGAAAGUCCCCACCCUCGCUAAUCAUGAACAAGUCCUGCGACAGCUGUCCUCCUUCCACUGGCAACGGAAGAAAGCAUCCUCAGUCAUCAACAUCUUAGCGCAGGCUCUCUAUGCCCUGUUUGCUGCCAACGACGAGAAUCUGCGUGCUCUUCAACGAGGCUGCUUCCAUUACUUCGAGCUAGGAAUGACCAGCGGCCCAAUUGGUCUUUUAGGUGGGCUGAUCAAAAAGCCAGAUGUUCUGUUCUGGCAUUUCUUCAGUGUCGCCUUUCUCUCUCUCUGGCUCGUCAUCACCGAGCAUCCCUUUUACAUGCUGCCUCUAGCCUUCCUGAGAUGCAUUAUGGUUUUCUGGACCGCAUGCGUUGUGAUUUUCCCCUACAUGCUGAUAGAGGCAUUCUGCUAA